AUGGACGCCGGCACCAGUGCAGACCGCAAAGAUGUCAGUCCCUCGGGCAAGAGGAGAAGCAGCGGAUUUGCCGGCGCAAGAAAUGUCUUUUCGAAUGCCAAGCAGUCAUUCAAAGACCAAUUCCACAGCUCUUCCCCUGAGGCCCGCGAGAAGCCUCAGACCCCCAUGCAGAAGCUUGGUAGAACCGACCCUGCUCUGAGCGUCCCCCAAGGUGCACUCAACAACUCGGCUGGUGAAUCCGAACCUGGCCCGCGGUCUACUUUCAGAGUCGGCGUUACUGAGGAUAAGAACAAGAAAUGCCGAAGAACUAUGGAAGACACGCAUGCCUAUCUCUACAAUUUCCUCUGCACCCCGGCCCCGGCCCUUGGCUCCGACACAGCUCAAAAGAGCAUAUCUUCCACCAAUUCAUCCACAUCUCAAGAUGUCGUCGAAACUGACAACGGCUACUUUGCUAUCUUCGACGGGCAUGCCGGUAACUUCGCAGCCGAUUGGUGUGGCAAGAAGAUCCACUGCCUUCUCGAAGACAUCAUUCGCAAGAACCCGAACACUCCUAUUCCCGAGCUUCUUGAUCAAACUUUCACUACUGCUGAUCAGCAGCUCGAGAAACUGCCUUUGAAAAACAGUGGUUGCACUGCAAUCACUGCUGUCCUUCGCUGGGAGGAUAGAAUACCGAACUCUCAGUCCGCCACUGGCUCCACCGCAAUUGCACCCGCUACUGCUGCAGCUAUCAAGGGCAACUCAGAAUCAACACCGAUCAGCGUAGAUUCGACACAAUCGCCCGCAGCAAAGCUGCGCGAGGCAGCUUCGCGUCAGCGUGUCCUGUACACUGCCAAUGUUGGAGAUGCUCGCAUUGUUCUCUGCAGAAAUGGCAAGGCUUUGCGUCUCUCCUACGAUCACAAGGGCAGUGACGAGAAUGAGGGCAAGAGAAUCGCAGGUGCUGGAGGUCUCAUCCUCAACAACCGUGUCAAUGGUGUCCUUGCCGUCACUCGUGCACUCGGUGAUGCAUACAUGAAGGAUUUGAUUACCGGUCAUCCCUACACCACUGAGACAGUCAUUCAACCCGAUAUCGACGAGUUUCUGAUCUUGGCUUGUGAUGGCCUGUGGGAUGUUUGCUCAGACCAAGAGGCUGUUGAUCUCGUCCGUAACAUCAAGGAUCCUCAGGCUGCUUCAAAGGCACUUGUCGAGUAUGCACUCAAUCGCUUCUCGACCGACAACUUGACUAUCAUGAUCGUUCGCUUUGACAACCAGGCAUUGCAGCAGACGGUCGAGCGCAAGGUCGAGCCUAUCGGCGUUGAUGGUGAUCCGGCCGCACAAAAGGGUGGCGUCAGUGAAGCCGACGCCAUUGUGUCAGAACAACGCAAAAAGCUUGACGAGAGCGGUGAGCUUCUCGAUCGCGUGCCUAGCGACAUCAACGAAGAACAAGAAGAGAAAGUAGACCCGGGUCCGGAGCUCAACAUUGAAGCAGUCGAAGCUGCACGCAAAGACCGUAAGCCUCAACCGCAAGCUGAGGAGGUCGCCCGCGCGCAACAAACGCAGUAA